CGCAAAAUGUUUUUUUUUUUUUAUUUGAUAAUCGAAACCGCCGUAUUCAACUUUAUUUUGUGCAAAAACGUGGUGUUUUAAAAGUGAAGGACAGCGAGACCAUGAGCGAAAAGGACGUCACUACAGUGGUACGUUGUGUUAUCGCGUUGUCCCUUUCACAUAGUACUCUGUUUUCAACACUGUGACAAGUUAGUUUUCUCUUUAAGCGCCAAAGGUAAGGAGCUCUCAGUUUUCUGCAAAAACGUGAUAUCACGAGUGUACCACAGUUUUAUUGCAAACAUAUCUUUAAAUUCAGUGAUAUUUUUUGUUAUUAUACUGUGGGAAAGCAAUAUAACUCGGUUUUCUUGAAAAAAUGUUUCAAAUGCAACUUUUUAUAAAAUCUGAUAUCACGUUGUUGUUGAAAUAAUAACAUUUUUGAAUUGUGAUAUCAUAAGGUGUAACAUUGUUGAUGAUGAAUGGUUUUUUAUUACAAGAAAUGAGUGAUGGUCAUUUAUUGUUGUUCCGUUUUUAUAGAUAUGUUUCUUAUUUCAAUGCAAUACAUAAUGAUUUAUCACGUUGUAAGCACUAAAAGAAAAUACUAUUAAGACUUAUUUUUUCAGAUGGGGACGCGGUCCAAAUACUUAGUUUUAUUAGCAACAAAAGAAAAUAAUGACGGAGAACAAAGCAAUUCCAUUUCUCAAAUGGAAAUACAUGAAAAUGAAAGCGACAACAAUAAUAUCGAGCAAGGCGAUUCAACUUUUCCAAUGGAAACUAACUAUGAAAGCAACCGAAAUGAGGAGGUGACUGGUUGCAGCGCUGCAGCAGUUGCCGAAUACAAAGAAGACUCAAUGGUCACUAAUCGUCGCCGUUGUGAAUCAACUAGUAGUAGCACCAGUAGUUCCUCAAGUAGCAGUAGUUCAUCAAGCAGUGGUCCGUCUUUCUACGAAGGUAUAAAUUUAAUAAAACUCAUAUUAUUGUGGGUACUCGAUAACUGUAUCUUACAUUUAUUUACUGACUUAUAGAUAAUUGAAAGUUUAAUA